CACAAUAUAAGAGAUAAGCAUACCACGCGCUCGUUUAGAAUUAAUUCAAAAUCGCAGUGGAAAGUAUGUAUUCAAUCUCAAACAUAUAAUUAGUGAUAUGAUUUAAUAUAGAACUAAGCCAGUACAUGUAAUUACUUGUAAAUAAGUGUGACAAUUCAGUGUUUUUCAAUACAUUAGCUGUUUGUGUUAUUUAUGAUCGCAAAAAUAAAAUAAUUAUUAAAGACAUAAUGUAGUAAAGAGCAUGCCAAAAUUUACAAAAGUGCAAUUAAUAAUAUUUCAAUGACAUUAAACACACAUGUGAAUCAAGUGGAAAAGCAAAUAAACAAAUAGUAGUAAAGCGAGAAAGAUCAUUAAAAAAAUGGAAGAGAAAAAUCAAGCUAGUGACGUUAAAGUAGAGGAAGCAGAAGUGAAGACUCGUAUUGAUCUAGACAAGAUAUUAGUAGACGAAAUUGGUCAAUUCGGAUGGUUCCAGCUACGGACGUGGGCAUUGGCAGCGUUAGCUGUGAUGUUUGGUGGAUUUUGUGCCUCUGAAUAUGUUUUUACCACGGCAAGAAUAAAUACCAGGUGUCUGAUACCAGAGUGUGAAUCUACAGACACAACCAUCGAGUUCGCACCAUCAUGGAUCUUAAACGCUGUUCCUGCGUCAGGUUCCUCGUUUGACAGCUGUCAGCGUUUUGCCAACGUUUCCAUCAACUCUUUCAACGACGUUUGCCCUGCUAGCCUCUUUGACUCAACCAGCGUCGUAGAUUGUGAGGAGUACGUCUAUGAAAAUACUGACACUGUUGUUUACACUUUUGGAUUAGCUUGCCGGGAUUGGCAACGCUCCUUCAUGGGCACUGCACGCGCACUAGGGACGCUGAUAUGUUUACCUUUAACAGGUUUUGUAUCCGACCGAUGGGGUCGGCGUACAGCACUCAUCAUCAACGCAGUCAUCCGAGCUUCCCUUGGCCUUAGUCGUUCCUGGACCAACACAUAUGUGAGAUUCACUCUUCUGCAGUUCCUUGAGGCUGCCUUGGGUGGUGGCGUGUUCACCUGUGCUUAUAUUAUAGUGAUGGAGAUGGUCGGACCUCGUAUGCGAGUCGCAUUCGGAACAUCGAUGAACUCCUUCUUCUCGGUCGGCUGUGUCAUCGCCGGACUACUGGCCUGGGCUUUCAACGACUGGCGCGUCUUGACCCGCGUUUUAUACAUCCCAAUGUUCAUUAUGAGCUUCUCACUAUGGUUGGUCCCAGAAUCAGUCCGCUGGUACAUGAGCAAGGGACGAUACCAGGAAUCUGAAACUGUACUCAAAGCAGCAGCAAGAAUGAAUGGGAAACAACUGUCAGAUAAGUCUUUGGAAGCUUUAAGGGAAUCAGUCGAAGAAGAAAAGAGAAAGAAUGAAAUGGAGAAGCAGACAAAAACGAAGGAGCCAUGGUUAAUAGUUCAAGUGUUUAGACAUAAACAGAUAUUGAUCCGAUGUUUAAUUUCACCUAUCUGGUGGGUCACUUUUACUAUUGUAUACUACGGAUUAUCUAUAAAUGUUGUGAACAUGUCUGGAAACCGCUAUUUGAACUUCGUGGCGGUAUCAGCUGUAGAGGUUCCCGGCUAUUGGACGUCGAUGUUUUUGUUGGGAAUCAUUGGGAGGAAGCCAGUGCUUAUCACUGCUUUCUGGGUGUGCGCUGCCUGCCAAGCCGCUUAUAUUUUCAUGCCUGACGGUUACUACGAACUGUCUCUUACGGUUUACCUGAUCGGCAAAUUCUCCAUCGCUAUGGUGUCUGCUGGAUUGUACGUGUAUACAGCGGAGUUGUAUCCAACUAGGAACCGGCACAGUUUGCUAGGUUACUCUUCUAUGGUCGGAAGAAUUGGGUCUAUUCUUGCUCCUCUUACUCCAGCUAUGGGUAACGCCACCUUCGACGAGCUCCCGUUUGUCAUAUUUGGCUGUUUUGCGCUCGUCUCUGGCUGCCUAGUUUUUAUCACGCCUGAAACUCUUGGAGCCAAGUUCCCUGAUACUAUGGAGGAAGCUUCGGACAUUGGCAAGAAGAAAUAUGGUGACAAAUAA